AUGGCUUCUCGUAUCUUCACCGCCGGUGUCUUCGCCGCCUCCAUCUCUCAAGUCCUGGCUUCGUGCGCCUAUGGAACCCAUCUCGACCCCCGUGCCGAAGGAGGAAAGGUCAAGGUCAACACCUUCGCCUACACCGGAGCCAAUGGCCCCCUGAACUGGGUCGCGCUGGACACCACGGCCAACGCCCUCUGCGCCACUGGAAAGACGCAGUCCCCUAUCGACAUGACUGUCGGCGCCUUCAACACCCUCCCCGGUAACUCCAUCAACCUCCAGAUCCCCAACAUGGAGGAGACCGAGUUCGAGAACCUGGGAACCACCGUCGAGGUCAUCGCCAAGGGAGGCUCCAUGCAAGUCGGCGGCUCCAACUUCACCCUCCAGCAGUUCCACUUCCACCUCCCCAGCGAGCAUCUCGAUGAUGGAAGGAGCAUGGCUAUGGAGAUGCACAUGGUUUUCGAGGGCGCGAACCAGGAGAUUGCCGUCAUCGGAACUUACAUCGACGUCGAGCAGGGUGCCACUGCCGCUGCCCCCGUCGCUGCGGCACCUGCCACCGAAGCCGCCGCUGGUCAGAACAAGACCGCCGAACGCCGCACCAAGAUGUCCCGUCGCGCGUCUCUCGAUGCCGCCAAGGGUGCUGAGGCCGCCAAGCCCAUUCCCGCCAUGACCCUCAACCCCGUCAAGGCCGAAGCCGCCUCUUCCAACCUCCUCGCCACCGUCUUCUCGUCUCUCGAUGCCAUCAAGGAGCCUGGUACCGUCACCAAGACCGGUGCCCUUGAUAUGCAGGAGGUCGUCAGCCUUCUGACUGCUGGCAGCUUCCAGAGCUACAUGGGUUCUCUUACCACUCCCCCUUGCUCUGAGGGUGUCCAGUGGCUCGUGUCUACCCAGAAGCUCAUGGUCCAGCCCCAGACUUUUAACGCCGUUCGCGAUGUCAUCGGCUUCAACGCCCGCUUCCCUCAGAACACCCUUGGCCAGGACAACAUCCUUCAGGUCGCCCAGAAGACUGUUGCCAGUGUAAACGGUGCUGCCGCAGCUGCCCCCGUCGCUGCGCCAGUCGCUGCCCCCGCUGCUGCUCCCGCCAAGGAGGCCGCUGCUCCUGCUGCCCCUGCCGCACACGCCUAA